CCAAAGCUCUUAGCGCGUGUUGUAAAUUUGUAUAUUUUAAUUAUUAUCAUCAUUGAUAAUGCGAACUGCUGCAAACGGAUUUUAAGGAAGGGCAGCUUGCGGCGUGUAUAAAUAUUUAGGGUGAUGGACGUCCGUUAGGAUGUAAAGAGUUGUUUGCCAAAGCCCCAAAGAAUAAACACAUACCCACACAACUAACGCAUUGAAAACACGUAGUUGAAGUUGUUGCGAAGUCGCUUUUGUAUUUUGCGUUUUUGGUUUAAUAAACGUAAUUACUGUAGUCUGUCAAGUGUCAACUAAGCAGACAUGGCGGAACUGGGACUAAAUGAGCAACACCAAUCGCUAAUUAUGACAUAUAUCAGAUUCGCUAAGCAUCAGCGUGCACAAAAUUUGAAGGCAGUGUAUUGUGCAUUCCAAGACGUAAUAGAAUCUAGGCUGUCGGAGGAGACGUACACGGCGGAGGAGGUGCGGGAGCUGCUGUGCGGGCUGCGUGAGGCGGUGCGCGCCGACGUGGAGGCGGAGCUGAUGAGCCACGGGCGCGCCACCGCACUGCUGCUGCGCCAGCUGCUGGCCCAGGCCGAGCGCUGGCACCUGCGCCUCUCCGCCGACAUGUCGCAGCUGCAAGACAGAGAACAACUGGAGCAGGUGGCAGCACUGGAGGAGACGGGAGCGGCUCCCGAGCGGCCGCUGCCGGCGGGCGGGCGGCUGGCCCCGCUGGGCGCAGACGGCGGCCGGGACGCGGGCGGGGCGCCUGCGCUGCUGACUGCGGAGGUGCGGCGACUGGAGGCGCACUGUGGCUCCCUGCAGGAGCAGCUGGAGGAGGCGCGCCUUCUGGCUCAGGUUAGGCAGCAGCAGAUAAUUCGCCUGAACGACGAACUGGACUCUGCGAGAGAGAAGCUCGCCGUGGCUGCUGCCUCUUCUCAACUCGCCAAGGAACAGCAGGAGGCCGCGGUCUCCAGUGACCGCAUCCCCGAGCUGGAGGAGCAGAUCUCACAGCUAUCUCUCAGUCUGUCAGACAGUGAAACUGUGAGAACUGACGUUGAGCACCAGCUGGCGGACACGAGGGAGGAACUCGAGGCUGUGAAGUCGAGACUGACGCUGGCGGAGAAGGAGCUGGAAAGCAAAUUCUGUGAGACGACAGCUUACACUAACAUGAAGCGUAUGCUCGCGAGCAAGAAUGAACAGCUGCGUGAGCUGCGAUUGAGGCUGCGUGUCCUGGGAGAAGGAGGAGGCAAGAGCAGCAUAGCCGAUGGCGAUGCUGAGGGAGAAGUGUCGGAAGACGAAAACUGAGUUCGGAGUGGAGAGAUAUCACCUGAUAUGGCAUUGAGACCUGAAAAUGGAAUGUGGAUGUAACAGGUCUCUGAUGGAAGUACUUAAUUUUUAGAAGUGUUAUCUGACUAGUGGUACAUAGUAGUCAAACAAUCUGUGUGACUUUUUGCUACCACAGUAUUUGUGGAAAAUUUGGCUUAUAUUCUUCAAAUAAUUGUUAGUGGCACAUAAAAAUGCUUUGCACUGCUGACUGAAGUCUAAAAUGUGUGUGGAAAUCAUUGUUUCUCCAAAAACUUUAUUUAAUAAAUAAAAGACCUGAUCCUCACUGAUGUCAAAUCUUAAUGUUGUAGCUUAAUAACAGAUGAGAAGGUGAAGGGGAGAAGGUAAAGCAAUUGGGCAUUUCUUACUACACAGGCAAAUUGUGCUUGUUCUUGAGUUAGUAAUAUUAAUAAUAACUAGUAUCGUCUGUGGUCUAAAUAGGACCAGUUGCAUCAGUGGAUCUGAUAUGUGGUGAUAAAUGUCAUGUAUCUUAUAAAGCGUCUGAAAGUUUAAUCUCAGAUCUGAUCUGUGGCAAAUGCUGCAUUGUAGCUAGAUGUAUUCUUGAAAUAUUUCUUUGAUUUCUCUUUAAUUGUUCAGUCAUUUGAAGGGAGUCUUCAAUACACUGCUCUGAAAAAUAAAUAUUGUGUUAAUAGCGGCAAAUUAACUUUACCCUUAUGACAACACAGUGUGAAUACUGUUGUAUCGUGUGAAGUUACCCUCAGAUGCCAAAUGAUUUGCAAUAGAUCUUCACUGUAAAUUCAUCAAACCACAAUUACAGUUCUCAGAAGUAUUUGUAAUUAUGUUCAGUGCACAUUUAAACCUAUCUUAAAGAACAACAAUAGAAUUAACAUUAUCAACAUCUGCAAAUCCUAUUACUCAGAAUGAAGAUAGUGAAAAUUAGGGGCACUCUAAAUUUUGUGGUGACAGCAGCAAACAAACACAGAAUUAGUUCCAUUUACUCUUAGACCAAAUGGCACUAAUAAACAAUGUUUGUUGUUCCUGACUGCUUCGUUACUAUAUUUCGUUUUCCGCUGUUGACAACAUCAACAAUGUAACAGUUGUGGCCCUGUAGCUUCAUGAAACACUGAUACUUUUGUGUGUCACUUCUGUCACACCACCUAAUUGUUAUGCAUAGUAGAAGUAGGUAGCAACGUCAGAGACAAAGGAAAACUUUUCAAAUGUGUUUGUCUGCUCCUAAUAUCUAUUUAUAUAUAUGAUUUUUUUUCUUUUGUGCACAUGUACAGCAAAGUUCCUUUGGAAUUAUAUAAGUUUCAAUGGCCUCCUUUUAUAAUUAAUUUUAAAAAUUGGCACUUCAAUUUUUGAUGUUCACAUAUCAAUAUUAUGAUUGUUAAAUAAAG